AUGCCCAUUCACACACACACUCUCUCUCUCCUCGUAUCAAAUAACGCUCUUCUUUCCUUUACCUUAUUGAAAGAAACCAUCAAGACACAAAGAAAUCCAGGGAACUUCUUCAAUAAGAUGAGAAACACAGGCCCACUCCUUUUUCUCAUUUGGUUUGCACUACUUGUUUCGCACCCUGUUUCCGCACGAUCGUCAAAGUCGGAGCAUGUCAUGGUGUUCAGCGGCACUGGUUGGGAGUCUGUGGUUAAGAGCAAACCUGCUGAACUUCGAAACGCCCUCAUCACCGAUAUUACAUCUCAGCUCAUUCGAAGGUAUGCCUUUGAUACAAUUAUAACUAUUGAUUCUCUGAAAACAUCUGGCAACCUGCAGGUUGGAGUCUCUGUCAAUCAGACAGUUCUCAAGGAUAAUGCCGAUGCAGCUUUGCAGCAUGUAUGGCCAGCCGAUGAAGCCAACUCUAUGAUUACUCAAGGCGCGUACCGCAAAACGUUGGCGUUGUACUCUGGGCCAGGCACCGCGUCCCUCAUCAGUAUUCAGGUCCCUACAUUGUUUGGUAAAGUGAAUGAAUGUGAUGCGCUUUGCGUGAGAUUAAUUGCGAUGGGAAUUGUCAUGACUGUAAUCAUGGGGGUUACGAUGCUUCUCGUGAUUUUGUGGGUGUGUUGUCAUUGGUGUUGUUGUAAAUCUGACAAAGAAGAUGUGCUAACGGGAGAUAAUCCCUUUAAAUAA